UCGUCAUUCUUGGGAAAUUUGACUGUCGUUCCAAUUAAGGAUGCUACUGGAUUUUAUGGUUGGGCAUUUUGGAUAAUUAAUGAAAGUUUAUCGGAGCAAGAAAUCUUAAAACUUAAACAAAAAAAAGCCUUUGAUCCUAGAAAAUUGUUAUAUCUACCAACAAUUUUUUGGAUUAUUGCAUUGCUUGAAUUUGAUUUGG